CACCGAUUUGGCGAUUAAUGAUAACUUAUCUUCGACCAGUUCGCAAAUAUUUAGAGCUCCAUGCUACAACGAUUCGCCUAACUAUUCGAAGCCGUCUCUUAGUGGUAAUUGCUUGAUUGACUCUGAUAUUUCCAAGAUUCCGGAAAAGAGUGUCGAAUUAUUCGUAAAUAAAUCCUUAAUUCAGAAUUCAGAAUCAGAUCCCGAAAUCAUAAUGAAAAUAAUUAACCAAUCAUAUUAUGAACAAUCGGUGUUUAGCCCAGAAAAAGAUUGGUCAUUGGGAGAUUCACAAGAAAGCCAUGCUCACAAGAUUCUUGACACCGAUUUGGCGAUUAAUGAUAACUUAUCUUCGACCAGUUCGCAAAUAUUUAGAGCUCCAUGCUACAACGAUUCGCCUAACUAUUCGAAGCCGUCUCUUAGUGGUAAUUGCUUGAUUGACUCUGAUAUUUCCAAGAUUCCGGAAAAGAGUGUCGAAUUAUUCGUAAAUAAAUCCUUAAUUCAGAAUUCAGAAUCAGAUCCCGAAAUCAUAAUGAAAAUAAUUAACCAAUCAUAUUAUGAACAAUCGGUGUUUAGCCCAGAAAAAGAUUGGUCAUUGGGAGAUUCACAAGAAAGCCAUGCUCACAAGAUUCUUGACACCGAUUUGGCGAUUAAUGAUAACUUAUCUUCGACCAGUUCGCAAAUAUUUAGAGCUCCAUGCUACAACGAUUCGCCUAACUAUUCGAAGCCGUCUCUUAGUGGUAAUUGCUUGAUUGACUCUGAUAUUUCCAAGAUUCCGGAAAAGAGUGUCGAAUUAUUCGUAAAUAAAUCCUUAAUUCAGAAUUCAGAAUCAGAUCCCGAAAUCAUAAUGAAAAUAAUUAACCAAUCAUAUUAUGAACAAUCGGUGUUUAGCCCAGAAAAAGAUUGGUCAUUGGGAGAUUCACAAGAAAGCCAUGCUCACAAGAUUCUUGACACCGAUUUGGCGAUUAAUGAUAACUUAUCUUCGACCAGUUCGCAAAUAUUUAGAGCUCCAUGCUACAACGAUUCGCCUAACUAUUCGAAGCCGUCUCUUAGUGGUAAUUGCUUGAUUGACUCUGAUAUUUCCAAGAUUCCGGAAAAGAGUGUCGAAUUAUUCGUAAAUAAAUCCUUAAUUCAGAAUUCAGAAUCAGAUCCCGAAAUCAUAAUGAAAAUAAUUAACCAAUCAUAUUAUGAACAAUCGGUGUUUAGCCCAGAAAAAGAUUGGUCAUUGGGAGAUUCACAAGAAAGCCAUGCUCACAAGAUUCUUGACACCGAUUUGGCGAUUAAUGAUAACUUAUCUUCGACCAGUUCGCAAAUAUUUAGAGCUCCAUGCUACAACGAUUCGCCUAACUAUUCGAAGCCGUCUCUUAGUGGUAAUUGCUUGAUUGACUCUGAUAUUUCCAAGAUUCCGGAAAAGAGUGUCGAAUUAUUCGUAAAUAAAUCCUUAAUUCAGAAUUCAGAAUCAGAUCCCGAAAUCAUAAUGAAAAUAAUUAACCAAUCAUAUUAUGAACAAUCGGUGUUUAGCCCAGAAAAAGAUUGGUCAUUGGGAGAUUCACAAGAAAGCCAUGCUCACAAGAUUCUUGACACCGAUUUGGCGAUUAAUGAUAACUUAUCUUCGACCAGUUCGCAAAUAUUUAGAGCUCCAUGCUACAACGAUUCGCCUAACUAUUCGAAGCCGUCUCUUAGUGGUAAUUGCUUGAUUGACUCUGAUAUUUCCAAGAUUCCAGAAAAGAGUGUCGAUUUCAUAGAUAUUGCUGAUGAAGACUUCCAUCCCAAUACCCCAGAGAAGCGGGAAGCUGAAAAUGGUCCCGAUGAAAUAGUUGAAGUCGUACUUUAUGAUCCGGAUGGCAAUCCGGUUAUCGUCAAUUUUCGAGUCUUGAGAGAUGUUUAAGAGAAUUGACUAUCAAUUUUCUUAUACAAUUUUCUUAUAACCGGAUUGCCAUCGGGAUCAUAAAGUACGACUUCAACUAUAAAUAUUGUAGAUAUAAUAUUGUAGAUCAAAACGUGGUUCAGUUUAAUAGAAAAUGUUUGGAGCUUAAAUUGUUAUAUAUUUCUAAUAUUGAUA